GGCAGAGCCCUUCUGGACAGCUCCCGCUCACCCAAACAGAAGACGUCGGCGCCGGAGCGGGCUCGGACAUGGCGAGGCAGCGCGCCGGCCCGAGCGGUGGGGCCCGGUGAUCCCUCCCUCCCUCCCCGCCCCCUCCCCUCUCCCGCUCGCACGCCCCGUCCGCCCCCACCCCACCCCCACCCCGGGCGCGCCCGCCUGCCCGCCCGCAGCCCGGGGCGCACACCCGCACGCACGCUCCCCUCCACACACUCGCGCACUCCCGCGCCCUCCCCCGCUCCCGCGACCGAGCUCCGCCACGCGCGCCUUGCCAGCCCGCCGGCCGCCCCCGCCGCCCCCGCCGCCCCCGGGCCCCGAUGGACUGAAUGAAGGCUGCCUACACCGCCUAUCGAUGCCUCACCAAAGACCUAGAAGGCUGCGCCAUGAACCCGGAGCUGACAAUGGAAAGUCUGGGCACUUUGCACGGGCCGGCCGGCGGCGGCAGCGGCGGGGGCGGUGGCGGGGGCGGCGGGGGCGGCGGCGGGGGCCCGAGCCAUGAGCAGGAGCUGCUGGCCAGCCCCAGCCCCCACCACGCGGGCCGCGGCGCAGCUGGCUCGCUGCGGGGCCCGCCGCCGCCGCCAACGGCGCACCAGGAGCUGGGCACGGCGGCAGCGGCAGCGGCGGCGGCGUCGCGCUCGGCCAUGGUCACUAGCAUGGCCUCGAUCCUGGACGGCGGCGACUACCGGCCCGAGCUCUCCAUCCCGCUCCAUCACGCCAUGAGCAUGUCCUGCGACUCGUCCCCGCCCGGCAUGGGCAUGAGCAACACCUACACCACGCUGACGCCGCUCCAGCCGCUGCCGCCCAUCUCCACGGUGUCGGACAAGUUCCACCACCCGCACCCGCACCACCACCCGCACCACCACCACCACCACCACCACCAGCGCCUGUCGGGCAACGUCAGCGGCAGCUUCACCCUCAUGCGCGACGAGCGCGGGCUCCCGGCCAUGAACAACCUCUACAGCCCCUACAAGGAGAUGCCCGGCAUGAGCCAGAGCCUGUCCCCGCUGGCCGCCACGCCACUGGGCAACGGGCUGGGCGGCCUCCACAACGCGCAGCAGAGCCUGCCCAACUACGGGCCGCCGGGCCACGACAAAAUGCUCAGCCCUAACUUCGACGCGCACCACACUGCCAUGCUGACCCGCGGUGAGCAGCACCUGUCUCGCGGCCUGGGCACCCCGCCCGCGGCCAUGAUGUCGCACCUCAACGGCCUGCACCACCCGGGCCAUGCUCAGUCCCAUGGGCCGGUGCUGGCGCCCAGCCGCGAGCGGCCACCCUCGUCCUCCUCUGGCUCGCAGGUGGCUACAUCGGGCCAGCUGGAGGAGAUCAACACCAAAGAGGUGGCCCAGCGCAUCACCGCGGAGCUGAAGCGCUACAGCAUCCCCCAGGCGAUCUUCGCGCAGAGGGUGCUGUGCCGGUCUCAGGGGACUCUCUCCGACCUGCUCCGGAACCCAAAACCGUGGAGUAAACUCAAAUCUGGCAGGGAGACCUUUCGCAGGAUGUGGAAGUGGCUGCAGGAGCCCGAGUUCCAGCGCAUGUCCGCCUUACGCCUGGCAGCGUGCAAACGCAAAGAGCAAGAACCAAACAAAGACAGGAACAAUUCCCAGAAGAAAUCCCGCCUGGUGUUCACCGACCUCCAACGCCGAACCCUCUUUGCCAUCUUCAAGGAGAACAAACGCCCGUCCAAAGAGAUGCAGAUCACCAUUUCCCAGCAGCUGGGCCUGGAGCUUACGACCGUCAGCAACUUCUUCAUGAACGCCCGCCGCCGCAGCCUGGAGAAGUGGCAGGACGAUCUGAGCACAGGGGGCUCCUCGUCCACCUCCAGCACUUGUACCAAAGCGUGAUGGAAGGACUCUCGGGUGGGCACAGGUCCCCUCCAGGUGAGGACAACCGACACAAAAGAAAACACAAAGGAAAAAGACACCGGAUUCUUAGCUGGGGCCCUUCACUGGUGAUUUGAAAGCACAAUUCUCUUGAAAAGAAACUUCUAUUCUAGCUGUAAUCAUAGGCCAGGUGUUCUUUUCUUGUUUUGUUUUUCAUGGAGUCCAAGUGCAAGCUGAAAAUGAAUCUCUUUGAACCGGACAUUGUCCUCUGAGCACGCUAAGCAUCCCAGAAAUCCAAAUGGGGGGGGCCUUCCUGGAGCGGGUUGAUUUCAGCAUGGUGUUAGCCAAGCUCAGGAUCUCUUCGGGUGUCAACAGUCCCACUUGGGGCCCUGUUGCAGUCCGAGUUCCCACGUGUCACGGUGGGAAUUUGGCCCAUGUAAGGAUUCUGAGUUUGGGCUCCCAAGAUGCUACCAUGACAGAUUCUUCUAGCAACAAGAAUGACCUCAUUUGCUUUCCCAGUGCUUAGCCUCAUCAUACCACAGUACACCAAAGUUCACAGCCAUAACAUAAAAAACAUCAGAAUGAUAAUUACUGAGCACAACUUUUAAAUACGGAAAUUUAAAAAAAAAAAUCCGAGGACCUGUUUUUCCAACUCAGGCAUCAUUCCAUUGAAUGGUUUGGAAAGCUUUAAGUUGAUCCAGUUUACGAUUUUCUUUUCCUUACCUCCUGGAAAUCUCACGUGGUCUUGGAUCCAUCCAAAAAAAAAAAAAAAAUCAGUUCUCUUGAGCUCAACAUAUCAAGCACAACGUAGAUAAACAGAGAAGUAAGGAAGGUUCUGGAUUCACCGCAUCUGGGUUUUCAAGACGCUGAUUGUGAAGUCAUUAGGGAAUCGUUGGGAAUAUGGCUUCAAGCACAUUUUGCAGUUUGCUACAAAUUCUGUUUGUACACAAUGCAGACGCACACUCAGGAGGCCAAUUUAACUGUUACGGUACAUGGAGCAAAUGCAGCAUUUUCAAAGAUCUAGAUUUUUUUAGAUCAUCGAUGUGUCCUUCUUGGUUAGUAGUCACCUGGUUCCUCCCACUGUGCAUUAACACAAAUCAUUCUCACUCUUUCGCAUUUCGGUUGUUUCCUCAUCCAUCCCAUUGGUAGGGCCGUUUUUCAGUAUUUUCUAGCUAGAAAAUUAAAAAAAAAAAAAAAAAAAAAGUAAUUCAAACCACCAUACGUGUUACUCAUGAGGGUCAUCUAGUCCCAAAUCUCUUCCAUUGUCGAAUCACCCUUGCAAAACCGCAGAGUAAAUCUGGAGAAAACACAGCACACCAAAGAAGCAGAAUACUGCAAACCAAAGACAUUUCUUACUUGCCAUUUUCUAGCCUAAAAAUACUGUGAUUACUUUUAGAAAUCAGAAAACCUCUGCAACUCCAAAUGGCAUCCAGCUCUUGCAUUUGGCUGACCAUCGGGCUGAGCAGACCGGCUAGCCCAGCCACCCAGGGAGUGGCUUUGCCACGCCAGCUCUGGUUCCUGGCUGCCACCUUCCCACGGCACGUGGAAGAGCGCCCGCAGAACUCUGGGAGAUGCGAAGGUCACGAUGUGCAUAUUUACCAGUGAAUGGCCCCAGGUGGGCCCCAUGGGGGUGUUCGAAGCAAGCCAAACGCUGCAAUGAUUCUUUACAGACACUUGAGACUGACUUUUUUAUGAAUUACUUAAUCGAAACCAAAGAAACUUUUUCUGCACCUACUUCUGCAACAAACAAAACUGUUCCAUUAAAAGGAAUGAAUAAAUAAAUAAAUACGUAAAUCAGUGAACGUCACCAUCACCAAGAAGGAAGCACGCCAGAAAAAAAAAACAAAAAACAACAACAAAAAAAAAAACAGCAAGACACACUGUGUGUAAACAGACCUCUUGGGACAUUUUUUGGAAGCAGAUUUUAAAGAAAGGGUUGAGACAGGAAUAGAUAUAAGGAAAAGCCUCGGCGGCUCCUGCUUCAUUUGACAACUCAUCGGUAAUCGUGAAGUUGAAGAUUGUCUUUAAUUUGUGCCUAUGCAGUUUUUCAAAAGAACACGGAACAGAACAACAGAAACCUCAACAGCUACAAUACCAAAGACGAGGAUUUCUCACAUCUUUUGUUUCAGUUCAGUAUCUCCUCUUGUCUGGCUAAAAUACUAAUAGCGUCAUUGAUCUGUGUAAAGGUAAUCAAUUUUGUUUCUGAGCAACAAAAGGCAAGGGUCAUUGAUUUGAUUUUAUUGUUUCCCUUUAAUUUUGUUUUAUGGCUUUCUGCCCCAACCUGGAAUCUCCCAGAAGAUUCCAUGGACUCCAAGUUUAAGAUGUUGGGAUACUGAUCUGUUUCCUCUACUCCUCGGAGCAUGGGGAAUAAUGUCACUUGAAUGUUCUUUGCUUAUCCCUUAGACUUGGUUCCUUCUAUGUUCAGAGUUUCAGCAUCAGGGGAGGGAAGGGGAGUGAGGGUCAGGGUUAGGGGUCUUGGUGACACGUACUCUCCUGAACCACAGAACCAAAGAGUUUAUAGAGGAAUCAACAGCCUCAUUUUCAUGUGAUUGCUACAUCCUAAUGGCUUCAUUUGCGGGUGGGGGGGAAACGUAAAAAUAAUUGCCAGUUUCUACUUUUCUAUUAGCUUUUUAAAAUUCAGCUGUAAAGUUGCAUUUCUAAAGAAAGAGAUAUAUAUAUAAUAUAUGAAUACAUAUAUAGAUUCAACUUGACAUUGGUGAUAACCCCAAAUUCUUGCUGUCCAAGUCCAUGUCUGGUUUUGGUCAACUGCUUCAUUUAUUAGGCCUUAGUUCCGAAUUUCGUUCAUUUCUCAUGCCAUCCCAGAGUCCGUUUUCCACUGUGGAUGAUCUGGAGUACUCAGAUUUCUGUGAAAAUUCCCAGGAAAGUUGAAAGUCAAGCAUUUCAGCGUCUAACCUGUUGAUAAAUGGACUCGUGGCACAAAUGAGUUUUAUUUGUAUUUGGAGUCAGCUCUAGACGAACGCCUCAACCACCAUCAAGGUGGCGGGUGAGGUCUGUCCGUGAGACCUGGCCCACCCAUGGGGCAGUGGGGAGCUUGUCUUCUGUAACUGCUGGGAAGCCUCUGGGGUCCAGUCCCACUAGCUGUGGAGAUGAGGCCAGCCCAGAAAUCUCUCCAGGAGCCAUCCUUCCCAUCAGGGUGUUGCUGAUCUCCUCAGGGAGCAGAUCCACCAAAGGGACUUCUUAUAGGGGAAGUCCAGCUCCUGUUGGAACGACUGAUCGGGUUUCCUCAGGGCGGCCGUUCCCUGGUGUUUUGACCAGCCUGUGUGCAACCACGGCUGGCACUGGAGUGAGGCAGCGGUACCGACCGGGGGCUUGUCUCCAUCCUGGAGGGAAGAUGCAAAGCAGGAUCUCGGGAGAAGCCCGGCGUCCUGCUCCCCUCAGCCCCAUCAUCUGUGGUGCCACCUCCUCGCUCCCCACCAGUGAGGGAGAUGAGGGCUCUCCCUUUGCAGGGAUAGCAGCCACAGAGCUGGGAAGGAAUGCGACUCUCCGUGGCUCUUGUAUUCCAUCCUACUUUGGGAUGUCCCAGGACUUUGCCCUGUAUCCUUUUGUCUCUUCUCGUAUCCCAUGUUUCCUUUGUCAAACAACGGAGAAAAGAGCAUACUUCUGCCGGGGAAUACUCCCUGUGGGUUGAAACAAAGGAACUUCCAGUCCGUGAUUUCUACAUAAAAUCCUUGUGACUUGCGGCCAAUGUUCUGGAGAUUGGAUUGAGGGAACAGACCUGCUGGGUUUGGUUAGUGAUCUUUCGGCACACUAAUCUCACCACUUGGGUUCGGGCACCCCUGAAGAUGUCAAAACCCAAAGAGCCUGCCUUUGUGGCCUGAGAUUUCAAUACCAAAAAAGCUCUUGUAGCCACAUCCGCCCCCUCAGUGGUCCCGGUGACCCAAGGAGGACUUCUUAAUGUACAAAAGACAAGAACUUCCCUCCAGAUGUAAAUGUCUCUUACUGGAUAAUGUCAUACCAGAGAGAGGUGCUUGCUUUUAGAUAAUUAUUUAGAGCCAUAUAUGAAUACGUGCGUGUACACGUGUGUAUUCAUAUAUGUACAUAUCAAAAUGGUCAGCCCUACAGAAUUCCAAUUUGUGAAAAAUCUGAAAAAGAAAAAAACCCUACCAAUUAAAAGGUGAUGAAAUUUGACCCAGUGGGUUUCCUCAAGCAUUUCUAAAAUUUACUUAAGUUAAUAAUUUCAGAGAAAAUAACCAUUUGGACUUAGUAAUAGGUGAGGAUCUGUUUCUUCAAUCCAAGAAAAUUCCAGGUGCAUCUCAGCCAUUAGGAACAAAGGGGUGAAGUUCGGGACAGUUCUGAAACAAAAUUCACACUCUUGAGGCGGCAGAAAUCUAAAGGCUAUUGAGUGGGAAAAUAACGUUUCUUUAUUCCUGGAGGGAAAUAGGCUCGCUUUACUUUUGUUUUCAACGUGAUUUUGGUACUGGGGACAUAAUCCUUUCAUUCCGGGAACAUUUUUAAAAGAGCCAGUCUAUUUCAUUUUUGAAGGAAAACAUCGACAACAAUAAAAACUCCACUCUGAUAUGUAAAGGCUUUUCCAAAAUGUAAAAUGAUAGGUUGUACCACUUAAAGGUACAGGAGAGAGAAAGGAAUGAAGGACUCAGCAGGACGCUUUCUCUGGAGAGAUCCGAGUGUCUCCUCCGCAGCUUCGCCUACAGGCUCCUGGCAACUGUGGGCAUAAGAAAUUGAAGCUAAUUUUCAUCUCUAACUAAAGUGAAAUAAAAAUUCAGAAGGCAAAUCUCACACACACACACACACACAUAUACAUAAAUAUACACAUAUAUAUAUGCAUUUUUAUAAUUCAGUGUAUUUGAAAGCUAAAUAUACAUACUUCUUAGAUGAUCAAUCAUUUCAUCUUACCUGUGCUGGGCACUCACCUAUUAAUGCCAGUAAAUUAAAGUUGAACAAAUUAAAAAAAUAUAUCACGACCACUUGGUACGGGUGGGGACACGUUCCCACUUUUGCAAAUGCUGGUAGAAUAACUAAAGUGUCCGUUACCAUUACCACAAGGUCCUGACAAUAUAACUUGAUGGUGAACUCAGAUUUUCCACAGGUUGUAUAGUAGGAAUUUUUAAAAAAAUAUAAAAAGAACAGCCUGAGUCCCAGUGUUGUUGAAGAAGAAUGGACUAUAUUAAAAAGCUGAGAAAAAGAGGUAAUAUGUGUGGUUGAGGUUUGACCCCAAAGCCCAAAGACAAGUCCUAUGGAAAUAACUAACAUGGUUCUUAACCGAUCAGAGAUUUUUUUGUUGUUCUUGUUGCUGCUGCUGCUGCUGGGUGAUUGAGACUCAUUAGCCUAACCAGGAGGAGUGAGUAGGAAAUGAUGGAGAAGGAAGGGAUAGGGCUGGUGCGUCCCUAACUUUUGAAGAUUCACAUGCAAGACUGGAUAGCUUAAUACUUUUGUACAUUUAGCUAAGACCAAGUCACCUCUAAAACAAAAGGAGAUUCUAGUUCUCAAAUAAGGCCCCAAAAUCCUUACUAAAGGAAGAAGGGAUGGUUCGUUAUCUAAGUCUCAUAAAUUAAUGACAUUGGCUUUAGAUACGGCUGUCCCGAUGCCCAUUUUCUGCCCGGGAUUUAGUUCUUCCCAAGGGGGCGGGGAGGGGGGUUUGUUUUAGAAAGUUUCAGAAUGUGUUAUUAAAUACCAAAAUAAUUAUUAAAAUAAUAUAAGGCCUUACGUAGAUAGGUUAACACAAAGCCUAUCAUUGAGGCCAAUGGGCUAUUUUGCAUGAAUCCCACAGGGACCAGAAAUGCUUAUUGUUCUCAGAUACCAAAAGGACUCUAACAGUCUGAGACAUGUUAAAGCUAGAGCCCAAGCUGUCCUUAUAGGUUUUUGAGUUUGGUUGACUGGAAUCAACCAGCUGAGACCUUUUUAGCGGACAAAAUGUGUAUAGGAAAAAAAUACAUCGCUACAGGUCUGUUCGUUCCAUGGAAGCCUUCCACUCUGUUCCAUCUCCAGCAGCAGACGUUUCACAGAGUGUAAACCUCGGGAGAUAAGUUUGCCUGAAGCUUCUCGAGUCUGUCAGCGUGGAUGAAUAUGGAUCUAGAGGCCUCUCUCGACAUGUAUUCUCACAGCUGUCCUUAAGCAACCCACAUUUCCUGUGGGUGUCCAGACUGUGAACAGACAUCGCCAUACAUAGAUACUGUCCCCUGUUACAACUAAUGAGUUCACGUGGUCCCUCAACACUGUAUAGGUAUGCGAGACUUCUACAACGUACGUUGCUUUCUUUACUGUAUCGUUGAAGACUAAAGUGCAGGAAAGAAAAGUAUCCCAGCAUCUUCAUGGUGUACACUUGAAAUUACUUUCAUUUGGGCACAUCCGAGAUAAACUCAACUUUCAAGAAACCUUGGAUAUUGUUUAAUCAUCUGUGUAAGAAUGACACAUCUGCUUGAGGACUUCGGUUGAAUAGCUUUAUUCUGGAUCUCUCAUAACGACAGCUAAAUCCAAAGACCUGGAAAAGGACAAGAAAGAAAAAAGAAAAAAAAAAGGG